AUGAGUUCCGUCAAUACGGCUUCCGCGGAGCUGCUUAAUACAGCCAUAAUACAAUCAAAUGCCUCUAACAUUGGCCGUUUAACGGAUGCUGAUGGGCGAUUCGUGCGCAUUGACUGGAGCUCUCCUGAUGAUCAGACUGAGUCGCUGCAGGAAAGGAACCAUAUAUUAUCUACCGCAAAUCCGGUUUUUGAGUACCAAAUUUACGUUUGGAUGAAACCAGCCUUAGUAAUUUCUACGAUGGACAAAGAAAACAGGCUCAUAUUAGUACAUUUUUUGUCAGAUACUUGGGUAUAUUUGACAGAUUUCCCCCCCAGGGCGGUGUUCACAGUGUGGGUCCGGCCGCGCACCAGAAAAGGUUGGGGUAUCUUCACAAAAGCAGUUUUUGAUUAUCCUCUUGCAG